GGUAAAGAAGCUCCAGCCAGGCUGACGGUAACAUUAUUUUCCAUAUGCAAACAGAAGAUUAGUUUUAAGCAAGUAGAAGCAUUUACUCGCGCGUGACUUUCUACCCCUUCUAUUAUUUAUCCCAACCUCUUCUACCUCUCUUUACCAUUUACAACCAUAGAACUCAGAUGGGCAAUGGCUUUCUUUUUUUGUAUUAGUAAAUCUUUGUUUUUUACCUUCAUCUGAUAUGCUAGAAGUCACUUUUUUUGUAUUCUUGCAGACGUAAAACCUACUGCAGGUAAGUUACCACUUUACACACAAAAAACAUGCUACUUUUUUUUUUUUGGAAAUUUGUAACAUCCUGGAAGGGCCAUGUGAAGUUCACAAGAACAUUGCUCGAAACUGCCAAGGGACAAGCAAAGAAAGCUGAAGCGCCAGGAAAGUAUAGCGAUGGAAAUGGUCUAUAAAAUAUAAAACCGUAGUGCUGAUUCUCAGCAGUUUCCACUGAUGUGAAGAGUAUUGAAUAUUCUUCAUGAAUUGCUCGGGCAAAAUCCAAACGGCACGUCUCUACGGGUAAAAAUCUUGGGUGCAUGGUUGUUUGAUUCUAUGCUUCGCAUCUCUAUGAUCAACGUGGCAUCAUAGAUUUGGAUCAAGUUGCUUUGAUCGAUGCUUCAAAUGGACACCCUUUACUACGUCCGCAAUCAUCUCCAAGGGCCCACAACAAGGCUGCUUUACAAUCACACACCGUCCAAUCAAAGUACUCUAUGUGACAAUCACCGUCCAUUUUCGGUUGUUGGGACCCAGUUCCUAGUACAAUAAAGAAAAAAAAAGGUUUGUCCGUUGCUUUUGAUAAUAAAACUCUCAUAGUCAUCUCUGUCACAAAAAAAUCCCAUGAAACUACAUAAUCAUGGCGCUUUCAGUUCACUCCAUGUCCCAAAAUGGCAGCUGCGAAGUAGAAGAAAUCGACGUCUUCCGCCAGUUUGACGUCGUGUCAGAUGACUCCGACCAUUACUUCCUCAACUCCAAGUCCAAAACCAAAUCCGCCCAACCGGAUCCCAUGGCCAACGCAUCCAGCGGGGUCCACAAGAAGAUCAUGCAAGAAUGGAGAAUCCUGGAAAAAAGCCUCCCAGAAUCCAUCAUCGUACGCGUCUACGAGAAACGCCUCGAUCUCUUACGAGCUGCAAUCGUCGGGGCAGCAGGUACUCCGUACCACGACGGACUCUUUUUCUUCGACUUAGCAUUUCCGCCUGAUUAUCCGACUAAACCUCCCCAUGUCCAUUACCGAUCGUUCGGGCUCCGGAUCAACCCGAACUUGUAUGCAAACGGCCGGGUCUGUUUGAGUUUGAUCAACACCUGGAGUGGGAGAAAGAGUGAGAAAUGGAACCCCAAAGAGUCGACCGUGCUUCAGGUUUUGGUUUCCAUCCAAGCUUUGGUUCUUAACGAAAAGCCUUACUUUAACGAGCCGGGUCAUGGGAUUUGGCCUGGGAAGACCAUCUGGGAAAAAAAAUCUGCUGCUUAUAACGAGGAUGUUUUUGUGAUGUCUUGCAAGAAGAUGUUGUUUCUAAUGAGGAAGCCUCCCAAGAAUUUUGGAGGUUUCGUUAUUGAGCAUUUCAGAGAGCGUGGGAGCUCGAUCCUGUUGGCUUGCAAGAGUUACGCAAACGGGAGUGUCAAAGUUGGGUACUUCAAAGACGAUGGUCCUGCAGGAACAUCAUCGGUUGAUUUUCCUUCUGGGAGUUUUGAUGUGUCUGAGAAAUUCAAAGGGUAUCUGAAACAGUUAUACCCGGAGCUGGCUGCAGCGUUUCUCAAGGCUGGGGCUUCUUUGGGGAACUCCAUCGAACAAUUGAAUGUGGAGGAGAAGAAGAAGAAAAAGAAGAAGAAACCGACAUCGUCCAAGAAGCAGGUCAAUGAGACGAGAUUCAGAAAGACGGGUGGAGUUGCUAGGAGGCUGUUGGGGAAGUUAAAGAAGGUUUUCGGACAGAAGCUUGGCGGAGCCGGUGGCAUCAAUGUGAUCAAAAGCUAGAGACUUUGAUCGGUUAUUCACGUAUAUAAUUCACUAAUGGGUGAUUUUACAGCAAAUGAUGGGGUGAUUUGUUAAAAGGUUUAGAACACUUUCUUCGUUCGAUGGUACAUAAAGAACUUGAUGUGUUGGUCAAAAAGCUUCGUCAAUCAAUUAUUCAUGAGUCUAAUUUUAUGGCAGCUGGUUUUCUUUUUUUUUUUCUUUUGAAUGCUUAAUCAAGUGCUAUAUCAAGCAUUUCUAA